AUGACAGGCGAUGGUGGUGGCGGCGGCAAUUGUGUCAGUAGUGGUGGUGAUGGUGGCGGCAGCGGUGGUGGUGGUGCUAGUGACGGGUUAGUAGUGGUGGUGAUAGGUGUGUUUGGAAUCCAAGAUUCCUCCUUUAUUAAAACCCCUUCCAUUAGACAAAAGGAAAUUUGGCAUGUUGUCAAGUGUUCCAAGAAUCAAAGUUCUCGACAGCUCAUCAAGUUAAAUGAUGUGGACAGAAAAGUUGCCAAAAAGCCAAGUAAGACAGAACACCACUUAUGGAAUAAGAGAGAUUCUGCUGCAUCUGGCCAAAAGGCAUUGAAUCUUGUUCGGAUUGUUUGUGGUUUGCCAAAUGAGAAAGAAGCUGUUUAUGGAGAACUUGAUAAAUGGACAGCUUGGGAGUCAGAAUUCCCAGUGAUUGCAGUUGCCAAAGCUCUUAAUAUCCUUAAACAACGCAAACAAUGGAAACGAGUCAUUCAAGUGGCGAAAUGGAUGUUUGGGAAAGGUCAAGGAAUGACAAUGGGAACAUUUGACACCCUCCUACACGCAUUUGAUAUGGAGCAAAGGGUAGAUGAAGCAGAGUCAUUUUGGAACAUGAUUUUGCAUACACAUGAAAGAUCAAUCUCAAAAAGGUUGUUUUCAAGAAUCAUAUCCAUUUAUGCUCAUCAUAACAUGCCCCAAAAUAUUAUAGAGGUGUUUGCAGACAUGGAGGAACUUGGAGUGAAACCAGAUGAGGACACCACAAGGAAAGUUGCGCGUGCUUUUCAAAUAGUGGGUGAAAAGGAAAAACAACAAUUAGUCCUUAAAAAAUACUUAAGUCAAUGGAAAUACAUUCAUUUUAAAGGUGAACGAGUUAGGGUUAGAAGAUACACAUCAGAUGAAUAGAAUCUAUAACAACUCAUUGUGUAGCACCAAUACAGACAUAACAGGUUGUACUGUGUUUGUCUGACAUGUGACAUGGGACUUUGACUAAUGUCAGUUGGACAAAAGUUAUAUUUUUUUGUCCUACUCAGAAAAGGUGGGACAUGGUCUUGUUGUUAGAUCUUUCAUAUGUGGAAAAGACAAAAAUGUCCUCGUUAUAACUCAUCCCACUUGUAUAUAAUUGGAAAUAACCCUUGGAUCCA